AUGUUACUGGUACUUCCUUUCGGACUUGUUGCAUCAAUAACGGGACAACUUCUGCAGAAUGCACCUGUCUAUUAUCUUGGCGUCAUUAUUUCUCAAGGUCUAUCUUUAGAUAAAGAAUCGAAACAAGGCUAUACAUUUCUCACGGUUGGUUAUGUUGUAUUUGUUCAAACACUCGCUCUAGUGCAAGACAUAAAAUUAGGUCAUUAUCUUAAAAUUGGCCAUCGUCCACUCUUUGUUGCUCAGUGUUUAGCAGGAUUUAUUUGCUGUUCAAUCAGUGUUGGUAUUCAAUAUAUAUAUUUUAAAAUAUACGGGUUCAAUAAAGAAUAUGACUCGAAUUUUUCAAUAUUUGAUUACACAUUGCUAGGCAGAAGUCUAUUUAAAAAUGUUAGUGGAUUCUUGUCUGAUGCUAAUGAGGCAAACCGCUAUUUACUUUGGGCUUUUUUGGUAGGCGCAAUACUACCAAUUCCUGGUUGGCUUUUAUCACGCUGGACACACUUCAAUUGCCUAAAACAUUUACAUUGGCCUCUCAUUUUGGUCACGAUCAGUUGGAUGCCUGCUCUAUUAUCAGCAGGUGCACUUUUCACAUGGAUCCUAAUUGGGCUUACUGUAUAUUUUACUGUUGGAAAAUAUACCUGGACUAAACGUUACAUAUAUUUGGCUUCUGGUGCACUAGAUAUAGGCGUUAAUAUGACACAAAUCUUUGUAAACACGUUAUUCAUCAAUCAAAAACAUUCAUUUCCGGUAUGGGGACAUGCGAAAAUCAACAACGGAUGGGAUAGUUGUACACUUGCUCUGUCAGCAAAGAAUUGA